AUGGCAGCUAAUAUUGUCAGGAAAGUUAUUCAGACGUCCAAGGGUUCCAAGAAUAUUGGGCCUUUUAGCCAAGCAAUUCAGGUCAAUGAUACCUUGUACAUCUCGGGUCAGAUUGGUGCUGUUCCAGAGACCAUGGAGCUAGUUCCAGGAGGUGCUGUAGCAGAAGUUGAUCAGGUAUUAAAAAAUAUUGGAGCCAUUUUGGAAGCAGCUGGUACCUCCUAUGACAAAGUUGUCAAAGCCACAGUGUUGCUAAAGGAUAUGAAUGACUUUACUGCUGUUAAUGAAGUCUAUGGGAAGUAUUUUACCAACAGAAGGCCUGCCAGAGUUUGUUAUCAAGUUGCAGCUCUGCCGAAGGGAGCAAAUGUAGAGAUUGAAGCUGUUGCUGUUGUAGGAAAUGUGAUUGAUGCCUGA